AUGUCGCGACAAACUCGUUCCGCUACUAAACGUUUAACCCGUGUUCAAAUUUCAACGCCACCAAUUAACACUGUACCCCGCUCAUCUCCAUCGUCACCGUUAGAAACCCGCCUCUUCGCGAACCCGCAAGAAUGGGAAUCUUAUCUCACCGACAACCACGUCACAAACUCUUCAGGCCUCUGGCUCAAAAUCGCAAAGAAAUCUAGUCCCAUCCCCUCAAUAACAUACGACCAAGCUCUCGACACAGCACUUUGUCACGGCUGGAUCGACGGCCAACGCAAAUCCCUCGAUGAAACGCACUUCAUCCAACGCUUCACGCCGCGUCGAAAAGGAAGUUUGUGGUCACAGCGUAACGUGAAAAAAGUCGAUGCGCUCAUCGCUAAGGGAAAGAUGAAACCCGCUGGACAGGCCGAAAUUAACGCGGCGAGAGAGGAUGGACGGUGGGAGAGGGCGUAUUCGUCAAGUAGUAACGCGUCUGUACCUGAUGAUUUCCAAAAGGCGUUGGAUGAGAACAAAGCGGCGGGUGACUUUUUUGCGGGGUUGGGAAAGACAAAGAGGUAUGUUUUCAUUCAGAGGUUGGAAACUGCGAAAAAACCAGAGACGAGAUCAAAGAGGAUUGAACAGUUUAUUACGCUUCUUGCGAGUGAGAAGAGUUUGUAG